UUCAAUCAUUAGCCAUAUCGUCCGCUGGACCCGUUACCAUGCGUGCUCAACUGUGCAGGACAUUCUUGGCUCACAAGUACCUGUUAAGAACCUAUGCGUCUCGCUUCACUUUAAAUGAAGUGGUCAUCGCCAGCGCGGUGCGGACCCCGAUGGGCUCCUACAAAGGAAGCCUGGCGACGGUGCCCGCCACGAAACUGGGCUCCAUCGCAAUCCGAGCCGCCAUCGAACAGGCCGGCAUCCCUGCAGAGGAGGUUAAAGAGGUGUACAUGGGGAACGUGCUGCAGGCAGGUGAAGGGCAGGCUCCCACCAGACAGGCUCUGCUCGGAGCAGGUCUGCCCAUCUCCACUCCCGCCACCACGAUUAACAAGGUGUGCGCCUCCGGGAUGAAGUCAGUCAUGAUGGCAGCACAGAGUCUGAUGUGCGGCCACCAGGACGUGAUGGUGGCGGGGGGGAUGGAGAGCAUGUCCAACGUGCCCUAUGUCAUGGCCAGGGAGGCGCCCCCGUAUGGCGGGGUCAGGAUGGAAGAUCUCAUCGUGAAGGAUGGGCUCACAGACGUCUACAACAAGAUCCACAUGGGUAAUUGCGCCGAGAACACGGCAAAGAAGACCGGCGUCACGAGAGAGGAGCAGGACGCCUACGCCAUCGGCUCCUACACCCGCAGCAAGGCAGCCUGGGAAAACGGCAUCCUCGCCCGGGAGGUGGUGCCAGUGCAUGUGCCGCAGAGAGGUAAGCCUGAUAUCGUGGUGGCUGAGGACGAGGAGUGGAGGCGAGUCGAUUUCAGCAAGGUGCCGAAACUGAAGGCUGUGUUCCAGAAAGAGAAUGGCACAGUGACCGCGGCCAACGCCAGCACCCUGAACGACGGGGCCGCUGCCCUGGUUCUCAUGACUGCAGAUGCAGCCAAGAGACUGAAUGUCACUCCACUGGCAAAGAUCAUCGCGUUUGCUGAUGCAGCAGUGGAUCCCAUCGACUUCCCCAUCGCUCCUGCCAUGGCAGUGCCCAAGAUCCUCCAAGCCAGUGGUGUGAGCAAAGAGGACAUCGCCAUGUGGGAGAUUAAUGAGGCAUUCAGCGUAGUGGUUCUGGCCAACAUUAAGAUGCUGGACAUCGACCCCAGCAAGGUCAACAUCAACGGGGGAGCCGUGUCGCUCGGACACCCCAUUGGAAUGUCUGGGACAAGGAUUGUUGGUCACAUGGUGCAUAACCUCCAGCCUGGGCAGUAUGGUCUGGCAGGAAUCUGCAAUGGAGGGGGUGGAGCCUCUUCCAUCCUCAUUCAGAAAUGCUAGGGUGCUGAAUGCUACUACUUUCCUCCUGGGUGAGACUGUCAGUCAGUACAGGCCGGUGGAAACAUCCAGAAUACUGAGUCUGUGGUGUUCCACUGGGCCACUCUGCUCCGGCGCUCUCUGUCAGUAACUCACAAAGCUGGGGAGGGAAGCUUCACUGCUGCACUCCACACAGCCAAUGUUCAGGACAGAGUCACCCCACCCUCAUGCUGUAUCACUCCGAAGUGUCUCAUACUUAUUUGAUACCUCACUACCGACAGCCUUAUCUUUU